AUGUACCUUUUUCCCGCUAUUACCGCUGAGUAUCGACAAAAGAAGGAAGCAAGGGCUGUUGCCAACGAGCGGUUCAAGCAGCAUGGUGGACAAAAGCCCUCAACCAAAACAAUUCACAAGCGCAACCCAACACCCAACAAAAUCGAGGACGCCUAUCGCUAUGUGAACGACCCUUCUAAGUUCAAGCUAUACGACCACGGCCAUACAUUCACUUUAUCAAUCUGA